AUGACCAAGAACACCAUCAUGGCAGUAAUAAACAUCGAAUCGACAAAAGCCCUAGUACUGCUACUGCGUUCUCGGUCAACACCGUUAACGGCAAGCAUGGAGAGUGUUGUUGAUAAAGAAGCGCGUGAGAAUCGUCGGCGGACGAGUACCGGUGUCCCGUUGUUCAUUAUUCAGGAUGAGUAUCGCGUUGAAAGAGCGCAGGAUUUGAUGGAGUUUGUUGAGAUACUUGGGAAGAGAGGCCGGCGAAACGUUGUUCCAUUUCCCCGCUUUACGUACGGAAGGAAAGCCGGGAUACUGCCAGCUUCAUUCCAACAUCGCGAACGAGCAAAACAGCAAGUCGUCAUGACUAGCAUCACGUUCAGAGAGCCCUACUCCGAAGAGGAGCUGAAGAGCCUCUAUCCCCCGCAUUUGAAGCUGCAAUUGGUCCAAGUGGAGAAAGAACUCCCGUCUCCGCUCGUUUCCAGAAUCCAAGCUGGAGAACUCACAGACAAAGGACGCCAGACGACAUUCGAGCUCGGACAGCGUCUGCGCCACCUUUAUGUUGAACAGCUUGGAUUCAUGCCGAAAAUCAAGUCCGAUGCCGAAGAUAUGUAUCUUCGCGCAAGUCCUAUUCCGCGUGCCUUGGAAUCAAUGCAGCAGGCUUUUAUGGGCAUGUAUCCUGCCAGCGCACGGACAGCAGACUUUGCAACUCCGGCUAUCGUGACGCGGGCUCUGGCUGACGAGACGAUUUAUCCCAAUGACGCCAAUUGCCGACGAUUUAGACAGCUUUCGAGGCUAUUUGCGGAUCGAGCUGCGAAGAGAUGGAAUACAACCGACGACAUGGAAUACUUGAAUAAAAUCUACUCUAGGUGGAUGCCAGAGAGCUCUCCCAGAGUUGCUGUCGACUCUCAUCCGCGCUUAUCUGGUAUCAUGGAUACCAUAAAUGCCACUCUGGCUCAUGGAUCAGCCACGAAACUCCCACCCCAGUUCUACGAUAAAAAGGCCUUGGAAAUCAUCGAUAAGAUCGCCGUCGAAGAGUGGUUCGCUGGCUACAAGGAGAACGUUGAGUAUCGACGACUUGGUAUUGGCGGUCUUAUGGGAGAUGUCGUUGAUCGCAUGGUCAGCACUGCUCUAGAAGGGGGCUGGCGUAGCGAGGUUUCAUCAUCAAGCGUAACUGGCAACAAAGUACCCAUCAAGUUUUCCAUGGGCGGCUGUCAUGACACUACUCUUGCCUCGGUCCUCACAAGUCUGGGCGCAUAUGAUAACGGCAAAUGGCCCUUCUUUACGUCUUCCAUUGCCAUCGAGCUAUUUUCGACCAACGACGGUGCUCAAAGUACUGCGCCAGAAAAAGCCUCAAACGAUUCAGCGCAAUCAUCCUCAGGACUCUUUUCCUUCCUUGGCAAAUCCCGCACCGCAUCCUCUGUCCAACAACAGCCUUCUCCAUCCAGUCCCCUCGCACGCGUGCCUCUUUCAGAGUUUGAUGAAUCUCGCAGAGAGAGCUUACGCAAAUACUAUGUCCGCCUUCGCUUUAAUGACCGACCUGUAAAAAUCCCUGGCUGCGUGUCAAAGACUGCCAACCACCUACCCGGUGAUGAUUCGUUCUGCACUCUGGAGGCUUUCAAAGAGAUUGUCGACAAGUUCACGCCCCAACGUUGGCAAUCAGAGUGCUUGCAGAAUCUUAACGAAGGUAUUUUUGGGAAAGAUGACAAAGACAAGUCUGCUGCUGGUUAUUAA